AUGACCGGUGGCGGUAUUUUUGAACCGAUACCACCUUCAAGAAAUUUGCGUACUGCUUCCUUAAGGGCCGGAAACGCGCCUGUGACUUCUGUGAAUCCGCAGGUAUCCAUGAGCGACACAGAUUACUUACCAACAGGUUGUGGAGAACGUAAUGAGGAGCCUCGAGUUGUGGGUGGUAUGGAAUCCAACGUGAACGCCUUCCCUUGGUUGGGUCGUCUCAUUUACGAGAAGGCCUUUGGUUGUGCUGCUUCGCUCAUCAAUGACAGAUUUGUCAUUUCUGCUGCACAUUGUAUGAAAGGGUUCAUGUGGUUCUUGUUCCGUGUUAAGUUCGGUGAACACGACCGAUGUGACAAGAGCCAGCAGGCAGCAUUGACACGGUACGUGGUGAAGGUGAUCGCUCACAACUUCACUCUGUCGGACCUUAGCAAUGACAUCGCCCUGCUGAUGCUCAACAAGCCUGUGGAGUACACCCAUGCUAUAAGACCUGUGUGCCUGCCUGCGACUGAUGAUAAUACAUACACAAGUAAAACAGCGAUAGUGGCGGGAUGGGGAGCAAUGAACGAGACAGGCAAGUGGUCGUGCACCGUGCGGGAGGCUGAGUUACCGGUGUUGAGCAAUGAGGCCUGUCGCAACACUAAUUACAAUGCCACCAAGAUUAAGGAGGUUAUGAUGUGCGCUGGAUUCCCUGAGACCGCGCACAAGGAUGCUUGCACUGGUGACAGUGGAGGACCGUUGAUCACGGAAAAUGAAGAUCACAUGUACGAUUUGAUAGGUAGGAGUAGUGUCAUGGGGUUAUGGAUGUGCCAGGAAAGGCUAUCCUGGAGUGUAUACGAGAGUCACGAAGUGAGAGCAGAGAAUGAUACCGAACCCGUUACUGAGACUACGAUGGAACCUGUGAUUGAACCUGAGUCUGUGACUGAACCAGAGCCCGAACCUACCGAGUACGCACGGAAAUGCAGUUGUCGUUGUGGAGAAAGGAACGAAGCUUCACGAAUUGUUGGCGGUGUGGAGACGGCUGUGAACGAGUUUCCCUGGGUGGCCCGGUUGUCGCUGCACAACAAGUUCUACUGCGGUGCUUCGCUCAUCAAUGACAGAUACGUGCUCACUGCUGCUCACUGUGUUAAGACAUUCAUGUGGUUCAUGAUAAAAGUGACUUUAGGCGAGCACAACCGUUGCAACACUACACAUCGUCCUGUCACCCGAUUUGUUGUUCAAGUGGUGUCCCAUAACUUCAGCUUCGCCACAUUUCGAGAUGACAUCGCUGUCCUCAAGUUAAACGAAGCAGUGCAGGUCACGGAUAGUGUAAAACCUGUCUGUUUGCCUCGAAGUGAUGACAAAACAUACGUAGGAGUAAAAGCAAUGGCCGCCGGUUGGGGUACCGUGGCUGAGGGUAAGAACCACUCUUGUUACCUUCAAGAAGUGGACCUCCCAAUAUUAAGCAACGAAGCUUGCAAGAAUGCCAACUAUACUUCAGAAAUGAUUGGCGAUGGCAUGCUGUGCGCUGGAUAUCCAGAAGUAGGGAAGAAGGAUACUUGUCAGGGAGACAGUGGUGGCCCACUUUCGGCUGAGAGAAGUGACAAACGACAUGAACAACUGGGUAAGCAUCAGAAAAAUGGUAAAAUACUUCCUAAGAUAAAGAAACCAGAAUACUACUAA